AUGGCAAUCUAUGAAGGCGGCGCUGCUGUGUCACAAGCCAGAUCACUUUGGCGCAUCGAACUAAUUCGAAUGAAAUGGCAUGGUGCAUUGAUUGGUUGGGAACAACCGUUUCGAAUAAGGCAUAUCACUUCCGGAAGGUAUUUGGGUGUCAUGGAGAAUGUCAUUCAACUGUACGGCAAGGAUAAAGCUGAACUCGAUGCAACUGCUUUUGUUAUGUAUCAAACAAAGGACUUAAAGAAACAAUUAACGGAAGAAAAAGAAGAAGGAAUGGGUGUUGCAACAAUUCGUUACGGUGAAACGAAUGCUUUUAUUCAACAUAUUAAAACAGAGUUAUGGCUUUCAUAUCAGACAUCAGAAAUAACGAAAAAAGGUCUCGGUAAAGUAGAAGAAAAGAAAGCGGUAGCAUUAAAAGAUGGUCACAUGGAUGAUUGUUUUACAUUUUUCAUGGCGCUUGAAGAAGAAUCCAAAUCGGCUCGUGUCAUCCGGAAAUGUUCAUCCGUACUCAAUCGAUUCCUGAAGGGUAUUGAAGCGCUACAACGAGAAGGCAAACAAGCGCAAGAUUGGAAUCGUGCUGAUCUAAGCGAAGUGUUAAGGCUCAUGGAGGAUUUGAUUGAUUAUUUCGCGCAACCGGAUGAAGAUGAUUUUGAAGCGAGUCAAAAUCGUUUACGUGCACUGAGAAGUCGUCAAGACUUAUUUCAAGAAGAAGGUGUAUUGAAUAUGAUUCUGGAUACUAUCGAUAAAUUUUCACAAAUGGAAGCAAUGCCUGACUUUGCUGGACUUCUAAACGAUGAUACGCAGUUGAUGUGGGAGGAAAUUUCUACUUACCUGUAUCUUCUUGUUGCUGCAAUGAUCAAAGGGAAUCACUAUAAUUGUGCCCAAUUUGCAUCAGCUCAACGAUUACAAUGGCUAUUUGGACGAUUAUCAAAUCCGCAAUCUGCAGAAGGUAUAUUGGAUGUACUAUACUGUGUGUUAACUGAAUCACCGGAAGCAUUGAAUAUGAUUAAUGAAAGUCAUAUAAAAUCGGUAAUAUCGCUUUUGGGAAAGGUUGGAAGAGAUCCGAAGGUGCUCGAUGUUCUGUCAUCACUUUGCGAAGGUAAUGGAAUGGCUGUACGAAGUAGUCAGAAUACAAUUACUCAACAUUUAUUGCCUGGAAAAGAUUUAUUAUUGCAAACCAAAAUGAGAGAUCAUGUGAGCAGUAUGACGCCGAAUAUUCUUGUUGGUGUUGUUGAGGGAAGCUCACAAUUUCGACGAUGGUAUUAUGAAGCAGAAGUUGAGCAUAUCGAACAGAUGACCAAAACAGAACCAUAUCUUCGGAUCGGAUGGGCAAAUAGCAUGGGUUAUAAGCCGUUUCCUGGUUCAGGUGAUGG